CUCACACAUGGUUUUCUUCACAACUGUAGUUCUAGCCAGGCACUCACACCAGCUCGCGCGCCGACCGCGCUGUCGAAGUGCAGGAUGUACGUCCUUCCUGUGUCGAUAGUAUUUAUCUCGGUGGCCACCAUAGUAGUGGCCCUAAGGCUUUUCACGCGCAUUCGCCUGCUUAAUUCUCCAGGCUGGGAUGAUUGGUUUCUGCUGCUUGCCUUGAUAACGGAUUAUGCAUUCUUCGGCGUUUUGAUAGCUGAGCAUGAAUACGGCCUAGGGACCGCAGAGAGGGUGCUCUCAGAGGACACAUAUCGGAAUCAACUCAAGAUGUUAUGGGUUUCUGUCCCCUUGUACAACCUGACGCUCCAGCUCACGAAGAUCUCGAUGAUCAUUCUAUACCUGCGCCUUUUCCCGACAAAAGUCUACCGCAGGGUAUUGAUGACCAUACUGGUAGUAUUCGUUGGAGUUACACUAUACAUGGUCAUUGGCACGUUUCUUGUAUGCGUGCCCGUCCAUGAAUUUUGGAGCACGCAAACCGACCACCCGGGGUGCAACUCGCGCACAGCAGUAUGGCUUGUCAAUGCUGGCCUUCAAAUUACGAGCGAUUUUGUCAUUGUCAUCCUACCUAUGCCCUUGCUUGUCAAGUUGCGGAUCCCUCUCAGACAGAGGAUCUGUCUGAUGCUGAUCUUUGCCCUUGGUUUAUUUGUGUGUGCUACGAGCAUAGCUCGUUUAUAUUCCCUGGUCAAGCUUAUACAAACUAAGGAGAGAGAUUACAGCAAGCAUAAUGGCCUCGUUGCAAUAUGGUCAUUCGUUGAAGCCAAUGUCGCCCUUGUCUGCGCCAGUCUGCCGACAUUCAGACAACUCAUCCUACACAUCUUCCCACGCAUUUUCCCCUCAAGUGCUCGCAAAAAUUACAGCCGCCAUUCAGAGAAGCGAUUGCAAGACCCAGGGUACACCUGGGGUCCUUUCACAGGUCCGGCUAGUUACUCUGCGGAUGUCUCCGUAAGCGCGGACCACGACUCAGCCUCGCCUUGUGAGGACGGCAUCCAGGUCGUGAGGGAGUUGCGGUGGGUGACGGGUUCUAUUGCUAGCGGGAGCGAAAAUGCAGAGCCGGAGAGAGGAGAGCCUAGCCGGGUUCCAACUCCCACUAUCCAAUUUGAAUAGACGUUAUAUAACUAGAGAUAGAACAAAGUCAGAUGUGAUAAUUAU